GGAAUAGACGUAACAAUCAACAGUUUCUGAGAGCUUAAAUCUACAAAGGAGGCAAGAAUAAGACAGUGAAAAGAACACCAGACGACAUGAGUCUCCUCUCACCGCUCAAGAGCAAUGACGAAGUUUGCUCCAAGGUUGACAACAGAGCAGGCUCCUCUUCUGAGGACGAACAUGGCUAUACAGCACUGCAUCGGGCAGCAGAGAAAGGACAGUGUGACACUCAGACUCUAUCAAAGUUACUUAUCAGUGGUGUAGACAUUAACAUACAGGACCGGCUGGGAAAGACAGCCCUUCACUAUGCUACAGAGAACGGUCACAGUGAUGCUGUAGAGUUGUUGAUCAACAGCGGUGCAGAUAUAGGUGCGACGGACAAGAAUAAACGCACUCUAUUGCACUGUGCCUCAGAGAACGGUCAUUGUGAAGUGAUGGAGAUGUUGAUAAAAAGAGGGGUCGAAGUUGAUGCAAAAGAUGAGAAAGACCGCACAGCUCUCCACUGUGCUGCAAAGACUGGGAAUCGCACUACUGUUGAACUCUUGUUGAACGAAGGUGCAGAUAUUUCUGCAAAAGACGCAGACGGUUGCACAGCGCUCCACUAUGCAGCAGAAGAGGGACGUUGCUCCGUUCUAGAGCUGCUACUCGACAGAGGCGCGGAUCUAGCUGGUAAACAGAGCAAGCAUGGCUGGACAGCCUUACACUGUGCCGCUAGGAAGGGCCACUGCGAAGCUGUAAGUUUGCUUUUAGACAAAGGCGCCGAGGUGGACGAAAAAGACAAGAACAACAGAACGGCCCUUCUACUAGCAGCUCAUAGGCGUCCUCUAGCCAUGCGACUGCUGCUAGAAAGAGGAGCGAGCGUUGAUCACAAGGGAAACUUCGGACAAACCGCGCUCCAUCUAUCCGCCCUAACCGGCUGUUGCGAGGCUAUAACUCUAUUGUUAGACCACGGCGCAGACGUGAACGUGAAAGACAGUAAAGGGUGGGCCGCGAUCGACUUCGCAGCUAUGAACGGCCAUAUGACUGCAAUACGCCAGCUGGCCGCCAGGGGCGCUGAUCUGAACGACUUUAACAAGGCGAUGCUCCACCACGCGGCGUAUGGAGGCUACUGUGACGUCAUUAACUUGUUACUUGAUAGGGGUGCCGACGUGAACGGGAGAGAGAACGGUAACUUGACUCCUCUUCAUGACGCCGCAACUUCAGGGCAUCACGACGCCAUUCGCCUUUUACUCGAGCGAGGGGCCGACUUAGAAGCUCAGGACGACUCCAACAUGACGCCGCUUGGUCUAGCGUCGCUAACCGACGCCGCCGACGCCUUCAAACUGUUGCUAUCACGCGGCGCCGACGUCAACGUCAAGAACGUGGAAGGGGUGACGCCGCUGCACAGCGCGUCGGCGUACGGGUCUUAUAACUACGUCGUCUGGCUGCUGGAGAGAGGAGCGCCCGUGAACGUACAGGACAACCUGGGCUUCACUCCGCUACACUACGGCGUCAAGAACUGGGGAAUAGUGGAGAAGCUUCUCCGUAAAGUCGACACAUCAAUGGCGCUAAACGACCCAAAGAAGUCAACAGAAAAUAAUUACCUGCGAACAGACCAUGGGUAUGAAGAUGUGGAUCUCAAGCUCGGCAGUGGAAAUGUGAUCUUACUCUCCGGCUUGAAACGUGCCACACCACCAGAACUCCCUCCUCGAAAUGUUGGCAUGGGAGGGGCACCAGUAGUGAGGCCUGAGGGUAUGGAGGCAUCUCCCAGUCGAGAAGAGACACAGGGAGAUGGUCACAAAGUUACAGACAAAGAGUCUGAAGAAGUGGAUCAAAAAGACACAGACGGAACAUACGAAGAUGUCGAUCAGUGUGAUAGUCCUAGUGAGCCCCCAUCUGGGCAUCUUGAUGUGGGAGACAAGGAAGAGUCACGCUACAAACAGGAGAGAACAGAGAGACAGGAUGAACAAGAGAAAUGUAGAGCUGGAGAACCUGCUACAGUGAAGUGGACCAAGGCAAAAGCCUUGCAGGAAGCACAUAACUCAACAAAUCAACCCAACAUUAUCCGUGACAAGCAAACAAAUGAGGAGAACAGCUUGGCCAAAGUCAACCUGGCUUCAGCCUCAAAGCCUGAGGUUCAGUUCUGGUUCAACAAUCCACGGAUGACCAUGUCUGCAGAGGAAAUCAGCUCUGAGUCAACUGUUGCCUUCUCAACUCACAUGCAAAAGUGGGUGGCAUGGAUACAACAAGCACUGCUACAAGUUGGAGACAGGAAAACUCACCUGGUUCAAGGCAAGAAGAGAAUGUAA